UAGAAUGUUUAAAAGAGACUUUGUGUGAAAAUAAGUCACAUAUACGCCUUGCAGUAGGAAAAAAUCCAAAAUGGGAGCUGGAAUAUAGCGUUUUCAUGGUGCUCGGACGGCGCGGAUCUUCGGCCGAGAGCUGUGUACUCGUCACACACUAAUAAAUAAAUCUGCAUACUUUACACGCAGCUACCGCCGCCAUUUUGUUGGUAGACAUUCAUUUAACGGAAGAAGAUUUAUAAAUGUGAUAUUUUGCUAUGGUUGGGCCUAGUUUGUCAGGUCUCCAUGGCAACAGAUGUGUCAGGAAGGGGUGGAAAUGUUUGAGUAUCGACUCCCGCAGUCGCCAGUAGAGAACAAGGUGUUGCUGUCUCAUCCCAGUGGUGUACCAGCAUGCAAGCCAAGUCGACUGAAUGGGCAUGCUGCUGAGGUGGGCAGUCUUGCCGUCAGCCCAGCUGCGGAGACACUGGAGCUCAACCACCUGGGGUCACCUUCAGCCUUCCGGUCACGAGCUAACACCAAUACCACACACCCUCCGGCAAAGGCACCCAGGUUUCAGAGCAAGAAGACAUCAGCCAAACAUUCAUCGAAGCAGGGCAUGCUUUCAAGAAAGGAUAGGAGAAUACGACCAGAGAAAAAUGGAUUGUUUACGCCAGAAAGCAGGAUGUCCUUCGAGGAACGUGUUAAAUCAAAAUUUAAUCUCAAAAAGAGUGUCGAGAAUAUGUCAAUGGACUCGCUUGAAGACCCGGACGAUCCGUAUGCUUUCCCAGAGCCCAGCAGUGAAAGUGCCAACAGUGCUCUCGGACCAAACGCUAGCACAGCAAGCAGUAAUCAAUCUCAGACACCCCACCAGACGUCACCUUCGCCUGUAGAUCCAGGACCUCUCCCAGAACAACACAGCCCUUUCAAUUCUAAAUCUCCUGUAGACUCUUUAGGUGGCAGUGGACCAAAUAAUGGUCAAGCUGGACCAUGUGGACCAGCCCAUACCACAGCAGGGCAGUGUGCUCAACCCCAACAGCCCACAACAAGUACAAGCAGUGGCAGCUCUGGGGCCAGCUCCAUUGCUAAGUUAUACCCGGAGUUAGCAGAAAAAUUGGAACGUGUCAAACCAAGACUAGAAAGUAAGGUAAAGGGAAGAUCGCAGGGGUCGAGCACUGUGAACCGACUUCAAACCAAAAUUGCCCAAAAUAGGAUUAAAGACAAGUUAAAGAAAACUCACAAUCAGGAUGUGACCUCUCCUCAGAGGUCACCAGUUUGUACCCCAUCUCAGCGCAGUCCUGUGUCGCUGGAUGUCAGCUCAGCAAUAACUAAAGAACCUAGUACAGAGAGACUUAAGCGUGAUACUAAAACUUCAUCUUUACCUUUGUCAUAUGAUGGUGCUUCAUUACGAUCAGGUGGAUCAGGGGGAGGAUCAGUGGCCUCCAUGCCGCCACCUCCUCGACCAUUUUUGGGCUUUCAGAAUUUGGAACAGUUACCAGACAAUGUGUCAUCUGUGAAUUCAUUGACUACACAUUCAUCAGAACGAUCAGAAUUGAUGCCACCUCCACCCUAUCCAGGCCUACUUCAUGGUAGUUCCUUAUUGUCCUUUUUACCAGAAAAGAAAUCAAAUAGGUUACCUCUGCCAGCUUCACAGCGGACUUUGUCUAGUCAGCACCCAUUCUUACCGUCUGCAGAAGGCUUUCCUGUGGGUGUCAGGCAACCUUCACCUGGCUUUUUAUCAACUAUUAUUCCAGUAUUAAGGACAUUACCCAGAAGACCAAAACAUGUGCUAUCUGAGAAAGAAGCAAGGACGAAAUUGAAAACAGACUCUGCUUUACGUUGUUACUCCUUGUAUGUCCAUCACAAGAUUCACAAUCAUCAUUAUCUGUCAUUCGAUGUGGCAGCGUCUGAUGAGGAAGAAGAGAAAAGUGAUGAUGAAGACCUGCUGUCCUGGCAGCAAGACUGGUUUUCUGCUUCAUCUGAUGAAGAAGAUGAUGAGCCAGAUGAUGAGCUUGCAUUGCACAUACGAACAACAAAGCUGGCACUGAUGCGUGCACGACUGCGGCGCCAGUACUCUCAAUCAAGAAAAUCUCACAAAUCCAAUGAUCCAGCCCAUAAGAUGUUUAACCAAGCUGUUGUGGCUAUGAUCAAGGCUUCAAGAGAAAAUGCUGCAUCGUUGAUCAGAACAAUUAGAGAAAUUCAUCAUGUUAAGGAACCCCCUAAUAGAUUUAAGAGAAAACUGACUAAGGCGAGGACCUGCAAACAUAAAAAUGAUGAAGACAUGCAGUGUGAACAAAAGGCUUUACCAUUUGCUAAUCAUUGCCAAAAACAUAUAAUGUACAAUGUUGACCAGCAGCUGUUUGAUUACUGUACAGCUAAGUUUGCUGACAACACCCAGUGCUGUAUCCCAGUCUUUGACAUCCGACACGAGCUCCCCCUGUGUCCAGAACAUGCUGCCAAAGCUGAUAACUAUAAUAAGGCUCAGGGGACAGAGCAAAAAAGUCGACCUCGCAAGAAAACUCGCCCAUCAGCCUUAACAAAACCCCCAAAGAAAGGGAAGAAAAAGAGGAACCAGCGGCGAAAUGUCCGUCCACAAAAACCCAUCCCUUCUUCAGAACCUAUGGGAAAUACAGACAUGCCUGUGGAUGUUGAAGGCCUUAAAGACGAGAUGUCUGAUCAUAAAGAAUCAGCCAGCAAUGGUGAUUCUUCUCUGCCCCCUACCCCUCCGGUGUCACCCCCAAGUGAACAGCUGCCCCCUGUUGUUACACCCCAGCUGCCAGCACCUAGCAUGGGAGUGAUAAAGAAUGUGAUAAAACCGUUCGAGGCCGAUUUAACAUCAUCUGUUCUGGAGUUUCCAGAUGUGAUGGAGAAGUCGUUUGAGUUGCCUCUGGAGCAGGCAUCACGCCUUCUUGAGGAACAGGAUCUUCAUGACGUCUUCAAAUUACCUGAUGAUGCCUUUGAUAUCUUCGGAGGUCGGAAUGGCGAAGAGGAGCCAUCUAGAGAGGAAACAGAAGCUUUAGAGAGGGCUUUGGCUGAAGCCUCCAAGGACGUUAAGGAAGCUAAAGAAACUCUGGAGAAACUCUCUCAGUGCAUGACUCCUGAGGAUUUAACCAAACAUCUAACAGCUACUCUACUGGGUCAUACGCUAAACUCUGCUGAACUGGACUCAUCAGCUAUCUCAGGGAAUCUGUUAGCUGGUGGAGUUCCUGAAUGUGUGACAUCUGCCCCUAGAGAAGCUGCCCAGGAUGGACCACACUUGAUCACAGGCCAUAUCAAAGCUGCUGGUGACGUGCCACAUCUGGUCACAGACCCGCCCACUCCUCAUAUGCUGUACAGUGAUCAGCAACCAGUGUCCGGCUACACGCAGCCAGCAGUGGGCACAAGCUCCCAGGCUAUUUACCCAUCAAAACAGUUCACUCAGGCCCAUUUACCUGUGGUGGCUGACAUGCCUGCUGUGAAUUCACAAACAUACGUGCCAUACUCAACGCACCAGUCUGCUGUGCAGGCAGGGGACAGGCUUCUUGUUCACGGUCUGCCCAUAGACCAGACUGAGUACCAUAAUAACCAGAACUGCACUCUGCGUCAGCAGUUGUCUGUCACCGUUCCACAGUCCUCCUUGGCAAUCCAGCGCCACCUACAUUUGGCGGCAGGUUCUCCUGCCUCCUCCAGUCCAGGACAUCACAGUAGUCCAGUGGUCUCUAUGGCUUCCCCAGUACCCCUCAGUGUACACUCCCCUAUUCAAACUCCUUCGCCCAUGCAGUCGCCCAUGACAAACAGUCAUGCUGCCUGGUCUCCUGCUCAGUUAAACUCUGGCACAAGUGGUUCUGCUCCAGUCUACGCUGGCUAUCACAACGGGUUUCCUCUCAACCACACAGGUACAUACAGCUACCAUGUACCCCCAGGAUCUAUGAAGUUCCCUGUGAGCCCUCAGGUGAAGGUAGACUCUCCUCAUUACCUUGCUGUACCACAUUCCAUAGGGGUGCCUGUAAGUCAGCCCCCAAAAUCAGGCUUUGACAAAGGAAAUUCCAGUGGCACAAAGAUCACGUGACCCAGGCACUGGAAGGUGGGGAGCUGUUUACACCAGUUUCGUCUCAGGCUAAAAGGCAGCACAGAUUUUCUAUAUAUAAAGUAUUUCUGCAUUAGUCAUAGUUCAGAGAUACUAUUGGUCUGACCCACUUACCUGCUGCAUGAAUGUUGACAUGAAACUAUAGUGACCCACUAAAAAUGUUUCCGAUAAGUAGGUAGAGGAAGCCUUUUGCCAUGUACUCUCCGGAAGUCAAGAUAGUAUCUAACUAUGGUGUAUGAUGACACAAAAAACAAAAGUGAAACUCAUAAAUGAAUUGAAAAAUUACCGGUAUCUGUUCAAGCAUAAUACGUUUAAAUUUAGUGGUCAGAGUAUGUAUUUCACUUAACCCCUUUUUUAUUUCAAUGCUUGUAACUUGGCUACUUCUACAUGCGUGUCAAGUUCAGCAAUAAACAGGUAAAACAGAAUGCUAGUGUCCAGUAGGAACUUCAACAGCACAGUGAUUUUAAAGUACAAUGGAUGUGAAAUUAUGGUAGGGCAAGUGAAGAGCUGCAGCUACGUUAUGUACUUUGAAUCUCUAAAUUUAAUAUAAGAAUUUCUGCUUUUGAUGACAUUCUGUUGUCUUGCAGAAUAUUGUAAAUGAUGUUUAAUAGACUUUUUAGGUGCUCUUCAUAAUCAUCUUGGAAGGUCUUAUCUGUGUUCCUUGACUUUAAAGUUAUUACAUGAAUGUUUGUGUGGCUUGAAAAAAAAAAUUCUCAAAAUUAUCGCAUUUAUCUUUCUCUAUUUUUAAGAAGAAAUGUAUGUAAAGUCAUCGCAGUUUGAAUAAAUUUGAAGUAACUUCAGUAAUACUGACAAAUGAAUAAAACAUACUUCAAAUAGCUUUUUGCAAACAUAGCAAAUUUGUAUUCUAAUUCAGUUAUAUUCUGGAUUUUUUAUUGGCUCUAGCCUUCAGCAAAUUUGUUCCUCCAUUCAUUAUUCAGUGUUACUAUUGUGCAUAGGUGAUUUGCUCAGGAUUUACGUGGUCUUCGGUCAAUUGAAUCAAAUUUGUCAGUGGUUAAUGUAUCAUACAAGUUUUUGAAAAUGUAAAAAAAAAAAAGGAGGAGUAUUUAAGAAAGCAGUCAAGAGAAGUAUAUUUUUCAUCGUUUGUCUUUUCAGUCAUUCAUUGGCACUCCCAUCUGAGUUGAUAGUUGUUUGCAUUUUUAUGAACUUCAAAAAGUACUUGCUGAGAUAUACAUAUAAGUCAAAUGUAAUAGUCUGGUGGAUUUGACUAAUGGUGAUAAAUUUAAAGCUUGUUUGAUGUUCUGUUCUUUGGUACUUGGUAGGUUAUGGUUAGGUGUUGGUGCUAGACUUGUAAACUGAUAUCUGGUGCGAGUACACCAGAACAUGCAAUGAAAGCCCUGAAGCACUUCCUUGUGGGGGAUAAUGAAAGUGUAACUUUAUAUUCUGGAUACAUAUCAUUAAGUCCAUAUAACACCCGCAAAUCUGCACAUAUUACUUUUGCUCUUCAUUAAAAAGAUUGUGAUAGUUUUGACAGUAUUCUCUUUCAUCUGGAAUUAGACAUCAAUGAUGGUAAUGUUCCACAAACACGACAAACUUUUUUUGUGAAAAAUAUGUAUGGUUGUUCUGAUCUAUCCCUUCCAGUAAAAAAGCAAGAUAUUUAUCUUAGGGCUUAUUUUGCCAUUUAAGUUGGCUGAUCUCACUGUAGAAGUUCUCUUAUAUUGGUAAAAUUGAUUGUUUUGAACAGAUCAGGCAUUUAUGUUUGUUAGUUUUAAACAGAUUCUGGAUGGCAGAGGACACAUGGACUACUUGCCUUCCACUGUUUACAAUGUUCUGUUUAAGAUGUGCCAAUAGUCAGCAACAUGUACUAAAUGAAAGGAGGAAACAGCUUAUUUGUAUCUGAAUUUUUUUUUUUUUUUUUUACUAUAUACUGCACAUAUUUUUUCAAGCUUUUGUUUACCCAGUCUGUACCAUGCUUUCAGAUAUUUUACCAUUGCCCUAAACUUUGAUAACCUAUUUACUGCUACAUGUUUGUGUAUUGUAGUACCUUGUUAAGUUUUAGGAACUUUUCUUUGUGAGCUGCUUUGAGCAGUUUAUUGCCAACUCCAAUCUAAUUAUAUCUAAUCAUGUAAAAUUUGCAUUCAUUCCAAUUAAGCCCAAUUAACCCAUAUCCUUAACCAAUUGCUUCUAGAAGCAUAAUCAUGAAGAUUGGCAUGAUUUUUUUUUCAGUCCUUAAAACUGCAGAAGUAUGAUCAUGGGAGAAAUUUAGCUGAAAAUCUGUUCUGGGUGUUACUUCAUAUUGAAUGGGAGGAUGAGAAUUAACUUGUUUGCCCAGUUGAUACAUGAACUCCAAUUGGUGAUAAAAUCACUCGGAGUUAUCUUUAUCAUGCUAACUUAAAACUUGUUAUUGUGAAAUGAUAAAUCCCCUUGGGAGAAAAUUCAGUGCAAUUUGUUGUUUAAUAAUCGUUAUUUUCAAAGUGACUUGUUUGUGUUAUUUUGACAUAUUGUAUUCUGUAUUGGUGUAUGUGUGAAUGGAAGCUAGGUUUUGUUCUAAGGAAGACCGAGCAGUAAAAACAAUCACGCUUGUGAUUUCAAAUUGCUUGUGGAUAUGUAUGAUUUUUGUAAGUAAGAAUUUAUGCCUCCAUUUUUCUACACAAGGCAGAGUAUAUAAUUAUGUAUAAGCAAGAUGUACAUACUGAAAGAAAUUAUCUCCCUUGUUGCUAUUAAACUAUAUCAUCUGUAAUUAUGUCACACUGUCAGUUGACAUUGUAAAUAAACCAUGGUCAUACCUCGAC